GCGCCACACACACACACUCACACGCGCGCGCACAGAAGCACCGGGGAGGAAGACUGUGCGUGUCACAAUGCCUGUUCGACAAAAAGAUGCUCAGCGAGCCCUGGAGCUGCUCCAGCAGUACCGGGCCAAAUUAGAUCAGAGACAGCAGAACCAGAAUCGGACCAAACAGGGCCACCUGGAGGAAGAUCACCAGCUCCAGCAGUCUCUGGACAGAGUCAUCAAUGUCUUCCAAAGUCAGCUCUUUAGUGCUCUGCUUGAUAUCCAGGAGUACUAUGAGCUGACCAUCCUCACAGACAACAAGCGUUCUGGGGACCAGCUAGAUGGUCCAGGGGUCCUCUCUGCCUCCUGUAACUUGCCAGAACAACUCCCAGCCCAGCCACAGUCCUCCCCUGGUCCAGAGAGCCCGCUGGCAUCUCCGCCAGGAUCACCUCAGCCAAAAUCCAUUGCCCCCAAACCCAGGUCAAUCAAAUCCCCUGCCCCUCCAAUCCCAUCUGGAAUACCCCCCAAGAAGCCAUCUUCCCCAACAACACAGUCCAGUACACCUCAGUCACAGCCAGCCAAGGUCAAGUACCGUGCUCCUCUUCCUCCUGUCCAGUCUGGAGCCUCAGCAGCGGAGACUUUUAAACCCUCUUCUCCCUCUGCUGCCACAGUGAAUGGUGUAGAAACUCCCACUGGCUCCAUAAAAACACCUCCUGCAGUAUCACUGAAUGGAGCAAAGCCACAUCUGACUGCCACCUCUUCAGAAAGCUCCACCACCUCUACCAAUCCACCAAGCCUUCCUGCCGCUCCCGACCUCAACCUGGUGACUGUCUCAGCCCUCGUCUCCAGCACCAUUCAGGGAUUAAUGCCUCCAACUACUUCAGACAAACUCACUCCAACCAACACCACUCCUAGCACUGGCCCAGAUCUUGACAGAGUCACAGAUGCUGCAGUCAUCUCUACAGGUGUCACGACCAGCAGAGACCCAGGAUUAGGCAAAGUCACUCCAAGCACGAGUCCAGCUAGCCCCACCCAGGGAAAAUUUACCUUCAGCAGCCUCAGCCCCACAAGUCCUCCAGGGCCUUUGACUAAAGGACCUCAUUUGAGCCCAACCAGCCCCGGGUCAGUAAAAGUCACCUCCCCCAGCCCCAGGCCCGCUGCAAGCCCACUGACCCCCAACAAGAAGUAUCGCUAUCAAGAAGAGGACGGGGCGUCACCAGGCGCCCCAAAACUCCACCAACACCCCUGCCAUCAGCACCCAAUGGGAGUAGCCAGAGAGCUGAGGGAUGGAGGGACCCUGGGGAGGGAUGGAGGGACCCUGGGGAGGGAGGGGAGGGAGGGAAGGGAGGGGAGGGAGGCAAGGGAGGGAAGGGAGGGAAGGGAGGGAGGCACCUGGAGGAGAGAGGGAGGAGGCGCCGGGACCAUGGAGAGGGAAAGGGAACGAUCGCUGGGGAGGGACGGAUCUCUCGGUCGCCACGGUGACCUGCGGGGGGCCGAGCUGGUUCAGGUGGCAGAGCGGCAGCUGUCUCAGAUCCAGCACGUUCACGGAUACGUCACUCACACACACAUCACGCCUGUUCAGGUAGAAUCUCCUGAGGUUCCCUUUGAUGAUGAGGCGUGGCCUCACCCAGAGGGAGAGAGGCUGAACGAAGUUCCCGCCCCGCCUUUCUCCUCCCUCUAUUCACAAAGCCACGCCUACUACCAGGCCAACCCCCCCCCAGUGGUGGUCAACACAGACAGCGUCGACACCCCCCCAUAUGUGAAUGGAACAGAAGCAGACUAUGAGUAUGAGGAAAUCACACUGGAGCGGGGUAACUCAGGCCUCGGGUUCAGUAUCGCAGGAGGGACUGAUAACCCCCACAUCGGAGAAGACCCCUCCAUCUUCAUCACCAAGAUUAUACCUGGAGGGGCCGCAGCUCAGAAUGGACGACUCAGGGUGAAUGACUGCAUAGUCCGGGUAAAUGAGACGGACGUCAGGGAGGUGACCCACAGCGGGGCUGUGGAGGCACUGAAAGAAGCAGGAGGUCUGGUCAGACUGUGCAUACGACGCAGGAGGAGUCUCACUGAGAGAAUCAUGGAUAUCAAGCUGGUCAAAGGGCCAAAAGGUUUAGGAUUCAGUAUAGCAGGUGGAGUUGGAAACCAGCAUGUCCCGGGCGACAACAGCAUCUAUGUGACUAAAAUCAUCGAGGGAGGGGCUGCACACAAAGACGGACGGCUACAGAUAGGGGACAAACUUGUAGCUGUGAAUGCCUCCUGUUUGGAGGAGGUAACUCAUGAGGAGGCAGUGGCUGCGCUCAAGUCGACUCCUGACGUCGUGUACCUUCGUGUGGCCAAACACACCUCCCUUUUUAUCAAUGACAACUUCCCUCCGCCUGACGUCACAAAUUCGUACUCCCCACAUCAAGACAACCAUAUAAGCCCCUACAUGAGUGGCAGUCAGUCUGUAAGCCCUGCUCCGUUAACCACACCCAGAUACUCACCGCUGCCCAGGGCCAUGACCGGAGACGACGACGUCACCAGAGAACCCAGGCGGGUGGUGCUGCAGCGGGGGUCCACAGGUCUCGGUUUUAACAUUGUUGGAGGAGAGGAUGGAGAGGGAAUCUUCAUCUCCUUCAUUCUGGCUGGAGGUCCAGCUGAUCUCUGUGGGGAGCUACGAAAGGGAGACCGCAUCCUGUCGGUGAACGGUGUGGACCUGUCCAGUGCGACACACGAGCAGGCAGCUGCAGCUCUGAAGAAUGCAGGACAGACCGUUACCAUAGUAGCACAGUAUAGACCGGAGGAGUACAGUCGUUUCGAGGCGAAGAUCCAUGACCUGAGGGAACAGAUGAUGACCAGCAGUGUCAGCUCCAGCUCCACGUCGCUCCGCUCCACACAGAAACGCACACUUUACGUCAGAGCGUUGUUCGACUACGAUGGAAGUGCAUCUGAUCUGAGCGCGCCCAAUCAGGCCCUGCCGUUUCACUUCGGGGAUAUCCUCCACGUGAGCAGCGCUGGUGAAGAGGAGUGGUGGCCCGCCCGUCACCUCAGCCCCCCGCCCCCGAACUGCCCCGAAGUCGGGGUCAUCCCCAGCCGCAGGAGGGCAGAGAAGAAGGAGAGGUCGAGGUUAAAGACGGUCAGAGUGACGAGGUCUCAGGACAGAUCGGACCAGGAUGAUAAAGAGCUGGUAACCUCUGGCACCAGCGAUAGUGAGAGUAGUUCCUCUGGCCAGGAGGAGACCGUCCUCACCUACCAGCCUGUCAUGCAGCAGGAAGUUAAUUACACACGGCCAGUCAUUGUGCUCGGACCAAUGAAAGAUCGGAUCAACGAUGACCUCAUCUCUGAGUUCCCUGAUAAGUUUGGCUCCUGCGUCCCACACACAACGCGGCCGCGGCGAGACUACGAGGUGGACGGCAGAGAUUACCACUUCAUGUCCUCCAGAGAGCUCAUGGAGCGAGAGAUCCAGGAGCAUAAAUUCAUCGAGGCUGGACAGUAUAACAACCAUCUGUAUGGAACCAGCAUACAGUCUGUCAAAGAAGUCGCUGACAAGGGUAAACAUUGUAUACUGGAUGUAUCAGGGAAUGCGAUAAAGCGUCUCCAGAUGGCAGGCCUCCAUCCCAUUGCUAUCUUCAUUUGCCCACGCAACGUUGACAACAUCCUGGAGAUGAACAAGCGUUUCACUGAGGAGCAGGCGAGGAAGACUUACGACAGAGCGGUCAAACUGGAGCAGGAGUUCACAGAGUACUUCACUGCUAUAGUCCAGGGCUCGUCUCUAGAGGAAGUGUACUCGCAGGUGAAGCAGAUCAUAGAGGAGCAGUCUGGUCCUUACAUCUGGGUACCAACCAAGGAGCGACUCUGAAUAAACACACACAUACUACAUGAUCACACACACACAUCACUCUUUCAAUACUUCCUACUUCUCUGAUUUUCUAUUAUCAGCCUGCUUCCUCUCUCUCUCUCUUUCUCUCUCUCUCUCUCUCUUUAUCUUUCUUUCUCUUACAUGCACAUCACCACCAACACACACACACACACACACACACACACACACACACACAAAUACACACACACACACACACACGUGCACAAGCACAUAAAAUUGAACGAGGCUGGGACUAUCUGGGACUGCUACUUCCUGAAGAGGGAGGAGCUCAUGUCUGUCCAGCAGCCUAUUGGUGGAUCUUCCUACAGCUCAGUUCCUUAAUGUUUAAGGAGGUGGUUCAAAUCAAGGCAACAUGUACCAUUAUCUGAUUUGAUUUCAUUAUUGUUGUUCUUAUUGUUGUUGUCGUUGUUGUUUUCAUAUUAACGAAGGGUAAUGCAUUCAUGUAUGGGUUUGUAAUGAUAAUAUUGUCACCAAGAGGCAGACUUUUGCACGCUGUAGCUUUAAGAGCAUGUUUUUGGGACAAAAUCUUGAUCUCCCUCCCCGUCUGUCUGUCUUUCCUCAUGGCAUCGCUCCGGUUUCUCUCUUUCUUGUCUUUUUCUAUCUUUCUCUCAUAUCUCAUCCCUGGUUCCAAACUGUCAACAGUCUUUAGAAAACUUUAUAAUGUGCCCCAACAUUUCGGUUUAAAGGGUCAGAAUGAAACCAACAAUUCAGACACUUGCUAAUAUUUAUUGUAACAAGCAAAAAAAUCAGAAUUAAAAUAGAAAACUAAAUUAGACUGCAUUAAAUUAAACAUACAUGAUUAAUCACAUACAUGUUCAGAGCAGGAACAGCCAAUCAGAGAUCACCAAUUAAAAAGAUCAUUAAAAAUAACUUGUAUCACUCAGUGAUAUGUUAUGUUAUGUAAUUUUAUCCCUACCAACCUCAAUAUCUCAAAUAGUAAUUAACAUGUGAAAUUAACAACAACAAUCCAAUAUAUUAUAUUUAAAUUGGUUGUGAUUGAAACUAACAGAAACCCAAACUGGAGCAGAGAGGAAAUUCUCCAUCUGGUAGAUGAUCUACAAGCAAGAUAGAAUGUUAGCAAGGUAAAAUUAGAUAAGAUUUAAAUAAGAAAAGAAAAUAGAAGAUAAGCAGAAUUUAGUGCCACACUGACAGGUGGAAAUUGAUUGAUUGCAGUUUUAUUCUUUUUGACUAGUAACUCUGCAUGAAGAAUGUCAUAACAGAAGAAGAGGAAAAAGUAGUGUAAAAUCCUACUAAAUGUUCAAAUCAAAUGCACAUGCUUCAGCCAACAUAUUGCUCAUUAUGACCAAUAAUGUUUCGUACAAUCCCUCCAAAAGCAACUGCAUUAAUGAGUACUUUAUGUCAAAGGAAAUCAGUUAAUUUUUAAAACUAAUGGGUUUAUAGUGAAUGAUUGAUGAUUUGUUUUUCUUACGUCCAACAUAUGACUUUUGCUGCUUGAUAAAUACAGGUUCAGAUCCUCAGUUUAAGAAACUUGGGUUUGUAUCGCACAAGUCUUCAUCCCACAAUGGUUUUUCCUUCUUCCUCCUCCUCCUCCUCUUCCUCCUCUCUCUCUCUCUCUCUCUCUCUCUCUCUCUCUCUCUCUCUCUCUCUCUCAUGCCUUCAUUUCUCUCUUCCUCUCCACAUCCACACUCACAGUGUGACAUUAGUUGAACAACAGUGUAUCAUCGUCUUCAUCAACACUAUCAUCACAAUCAUAAUCAUCAGCAUCAUCAUUAUAGCUUACCUUCUUACUGUAGUUGCACUAAUGAGGGCUGGUUUCUUAAAAGCAUCUUUGUGACAGAGCUGAUACCAUCCCAGUGUUUCUGGUAUUGAUGGAUAUGUGAUACACUCACCUCUCCUUCAGCUAAUUCCCUGAGUUAUUCUGCUCAUUAGAACAUGCUGAAGAGGUCAGGAAACAUUUUUUGGUAAAAGGCAUUUGCAGUUAUCUCAUUUGCUGUAUUUCAUGCUAUUGUUGAGUAGUUAAAAACAUCAGAUGCACCCCUCUGGUGAAAGCUACUGUCAGCUACUGUAUUAGCUCUGCAGGUAACAGUUUCGUUUUUUUCAUGCUGGAUUUAUUUGAGCCAUCGGUCCCAGCACGUAUAAAAGACACCUGAAACUAGUGCCAUUUGUGACUGCAGGACUCACGACUUUACUUUGUGAUUGGUCAAAUACCAUUCCCUACACAAACCUUUGAGGAAAAAUCUAAAUGUUAUUUUUUUUACCCAUCAUCCAGCAGUGGGUUGUAUCUUCAAGGGUGUCUGCAGUUUGCCCCCAAAAAAUAAAAUGUUUGAACGGAGCUAAACUACCAUUUAAUUCCAGCGUUUCCACAGACUGCACCAAUUAUUGCUGUGGACUUAAAGGUGCCCAGGAGAUCUUUGGAUCAUAAACUUUAAAAUGCAGUGAGUGUUUUAUUUUGAGGAAUAGUUUUCCACUUCAUAGGUGCUACAACAUGCAGCUUUUGUCAGUCAUGUGACCUUCGCUUUUGCACAACUGUUGGCUGUAGUGGAGUUUUACCAGUCUAACUCACUUCACAAGUAACAUACUAUAUUAAACUUUACUUGCAGUGAACACUAAGAAAAAUAGAAAACUUGCUAUGUUGUACACAGUAAAACAUAGGCCUGGAUUGAAACCUAUCUUGAAAACGGCCAUCUUGUCUAUCAGUUUCGACACUGCAGCUGUUUUAUUGUCAUGUUUUUUGUUUUUUUUUAUCAAUUCACAUGUUGUGCUAAAUCAUUUUAGUAGCUUGAAUAGUGUUAUGGAGCAAUGUUUUCACCAAUGGGCCCCAGUUUUUUUUUUUUUUUUUAAAUCAUGCAUCUUGCCUUCGGUUUCAUGCUAUACCGCUGCUCGACAGUCGGUGGCAGGAUAAGCAGUGAAUGUAAACGUAACUUUUGUCUGUUUACACAAAAACUCCACACGGCAUCUUUAACGAACAUUCCAGCGAAGAAGAAAAGUGGAACAUGGCAGUCCGUGGAAAUCAGCCAAAUAUUUUAUCUUCCCAUGCAGAAAGUAGACGGAAGAUGCAAACCUCUGCUGGGUAACGGGUAAAAAAAAUGACGAUCUAGUUUUUACCUUAAAGUGGCUAUAGUUAAUAUUUUUAUGAUAACAAUGUAUCGAAUGAGCAACAAUGUGAAAAUAAUGUGACAACUGCUCAUCGUGAUGAACCUACAGAGAAUUAUCAUCUGAAUCUGCAGCUGUGCUCAGCCGUACAGAGCUUUAUAGUGAGUUUCAACUCACUAUUUAGCUGUCUUCAACUUUUCUGUUUUGGUUCACUGUCCCCGUUCUCAUCAGCUACUUUGAGCAAAAUACUAGCACUAGCUGCUCAGCACCAAACAGCAGGCAGAUACAGUUAGAGACCAGCUGGUGACACAGUGGAGAAUAUAGCAGCUAAAGAGCCAGAUAUUUCACUAAGAAGUCGGUGGAGACCAAAAACAGAGCUAAAGGAGCGUAAAGUCACAAACGGGGCUAAACCGAAACAAAUGACAAUAAUCUCUGUUGUCGAGUGAAACAUUCAAGAUACCAAGAUGCUUUUGGUGACACAGCCCCCUGUAUGGACCUUGUCAGCCAACCACUUCCCAUGUCCACCCUCAACCCCCCGAGGCGACUCCUCCAAGCUGACUGGAGACCAGAGACGUACAGAGAGACUGUUCUGUCAGCAGAGUAGCUCUUAGACCCAAAUAAUAAAUAGUUUUGACCACAUGUGUUUUGAAAGCUUUAAUAUCUCCUCACAGAAUGUUCAGCUAAACUAAAUUUCUGUCCAGCUAUAAUCCUCUGUAUGAAUCGAGUAGAUCAGUGGUGUUUGUCAGUUGACAGAACCAGACUCUCUGGGUGACUCUGGCUGUGUGUUUUAGCCAGGGGACCAUGCCACUGUCUGUUAGAGUAAAGCACUGAUGCAAAGAAUCUAUUACAGAGAUGGAUCUAUAUCUAACAUAUUAUAAUAUUUAUCCCUGCUCUAACUGCCUAUUUUGGUACAAAAAAAUAAAUAAAUAAAAGUCUUUAUUGAGAUUUACUGAAAUCCCUCGA